GGGGGGGGGGGGGGCGCGUUCUUCACAGUGGCCCAAUUGCCCACUUGUCAAAAUACUCAUACAUGCAUCCGCAAUUACGGUAGGUAGUAGAUCGGUUUUGAUUUCCGAUGGGAUGGGGGGAAGGGAGGGGGGUGGUUCCUUUCCUGUUUUCCCAAGCUAGACUAAGCCUCGAAGAAGAAUCGACCCCGAGACUUGGAGUUGGAACCUUUGAAGAGCUCCAACAAAGAAACGGGGCCCGCUUUCCCAACCCGCGACCAGGAACAGAGAGCGAGCACAAAAAAAAAAAAAGAAAAAAGAAAAAAGAAAAGGAUUUUGGAAAAGACUAGGCAGUCUAGCAGAAGGCCCUUUUCGGCGGAAGUGGAGUUUAUUACGAUCACGCCAUUUUCAAUCUAGUGAG